UUCCUCUGAAAAAAAGAAUAUAAAAUCAUUAUCCCCCCAUUAACGACUUUCUAAGUUCCAUCCAUCACUCAGCAUUCAACAAAACCUUCGAUCUGGAAAAUGGAAGGUUUGGUGAAAGGGUUGCUUAAUGUGGCAUUAGGUGGCGAUGAUGAUCGGAACCAGCGACAAGAAGAUGGAACCGAUGAACGAUCCAGAUCUACUUCUUGGGCCCAGGUUGUGUCUGGUGAGGAGGAUCAUGAACAGCAGUAUGGCGGGAAUAAUAAUAAUCGGAGGAGUGAGGGAGGGGAUUAUGGGAGGAAUCAGAAUUGGGGAUCUGAAUCUGAUGGAUCAAGGAGACCUCAAAAGGUCGCGAAUGAGGGCUAUGAAGAUGGUAGGCAAGGUGGUUAUAAUCAAAGCCAGCCCGAAUCAGAAGACGGUUGGGAGACAGUUGGAAAGAAGCCUCCAAGAAGACACCAACAGGUUCGCAAGGACAACUGGGACAAUUUCAAGCGUCCUGCAAGCGAGCAAGAGUAUUCUAACGAAGUCGAAGAUAAUUCUCAACUAGAACCAUCACAAACCGAGCUUAACGACCUUGGAAAAGCGUGCAACAAGCUCUGGGAGCUCGAUUACAACCGGUUAACACCAGGAAAAGAUUACGAAAUCGAUUGUGGCGAGGGAAAAAAGUCGUACCAAAAACAAGAUAUGGCAGAAGGAAGCCUGUUCACAUGGUUAACUGAAGAUGUCCUAAAAAAGCCAACAAUUUCGCGAUUUUGUUCGCUUUUGGAUAAUUAUAAUCCGCACGAAGGGUAUAAAGAGCUAGUCACAUCUCAAGAGAAGCAAGAACAGGCUGCGUUUAUCGAAGAAAUUUGUAGAACUGCGCCGAUUAAGUAUCUUUAUAAGUAUUUAUGUGCAAAGGGUGUUGUUUCUGGUGAUUAUCAGGAGUUUAAAAGGCUGUUGACUAGUCUUUGGUUUGAUUUAUAUGGUAGAGGCGGUACGUCUAGUUGUUCUUCGGCUUUUGAACAUGUUUUUGUUGGUGAGAUUAAGAAUCGCGGCGAGCAGUCUGUUUCUGGCUUCCAUAAUUGGCUUCAAUUUUACAUGGAAGAAGCAAAGGGGAGGGUUGAUUAUCAAGGCUAUAUCUUUCCUCGAAGGCGCGGGGAGACGCCUGAUUCGGAGACGCAGUUGCUGACGCUUCAGUUUGAAUGGAACGGUGUGCUGAAAUCGGUGUCGAGCACGAUGAUUGGAGUGAGCCCGGAAUUUGAGAUAGCAUUGUAUACACUUUGUUUCUAUAUGGGUGGUGAGGAUAACUAUGUGGAACUUGGUCCGUACUAUGUUAACAUCAAGUGUUAUCGUCUUGGUAACAAACUUGGAUCUGCUUUUCCCAUUGCAGAAUCUUGAGUCAAAUGAUAAUGUCUCUUAUGUAUGUGUAAUCUAAGAAAAAUAUUUAUGUAUGAUAAACCCCAUAUGUUGUUAUAUGUUUUUAUUUAUUGUCUUGACUUCUGUUUUCCUAAGUA